UCCCUCCGUAUUUAUCUGUCUGAGGUCACAUGACUACCCUGCAACUAAGGAAUCUGACAAAAUUUAAUAAAUAAAUAAAAGCAAAGGAAACCACUUCCCUCUCUCUCUCUUCCUCUCUUUCUUCCUGUUUCCUCUGCCACUCCCCAUUACUAUUGCAAACUCCAUUAAGCUCCCACCAUCCAAACCUCUUUCUUCUUUCUCUCUGUCUAAAAGGCAAAGUCACUCUCUCUCUCUCUCUGCCCAAUUGUGUAUACUGGCUCUCCCAACCAUGGAAGCUUUCACCUUGCUCAAAUACUGGAGAGGCGGCGGCGGUGCUCUCGGACACCCACCUUCCUCCGACACUCCCUCUUCAGACGCCGCAACCACCACCAUCCUCACCGGCGUCGAAAACGAAAAUGCAACCGAAAGCGACGAUGACAACGACAAGAACGACGACGACGGCCCCUUCUUCGACUUAGAGUUCACCGUGCCCGACGAAGACGCAAAUGAAAAUCCAAACGCCAACCACACCCAAGAAGAAGAAGAUAUUAGCUUAGAAGAAUCCGACGGCGAGAGAGAGUUUAAGUUCACUCUGUCCCCUUCGAGCAACGAUCGUAGUGAUCCCAACCUUUCCCUGCUGUCUCCUUCAGAGGAUAUCUUCUUCAAGGGAAAGCUGGUGCACGUCGACCCUAAUUCCGAACCUAACUCCAAGCCUCAGUUCACCGCCUCCCUCUUAAAAUCCGCCACCAAGUUCCGCGUCUUCAUGUUGGGCCUCAAGAAGCCCAAUCCCAACGACGGUUCCGAUUCCACACCCGCCGCGAUUCCAGAGGCCCACAAAGGCAAGAAGCACUUCACCGUCAAAUUCAAAGUCGAAGAGGUCCCCAUCGUCUCUCUCUUCAGCUCCAAAGGUAACAAAAAACAAUCCUCCGAGGACCAACCUUCCGAAGAAAAACGUUUCUCCAAGGAAGUAAUGCAAAAGUAUUUGAAAAUGGUCAAGCCUCUCUACAUUAGAGUCUCCCGCCGCUACGGCGACAAACUCAGCUUAAACUCCGCCGCACCAGAAGGUGUUAGUGUUGGUGGCGGCGAAACCAACGUGAUGAAGACUAGUACUCAAAGUCAGAAACUACCUGCAGGGCUUAGCGUUGUGUGCAAGCAUUUGGGGAAAAGCCGUUCAGCAUCUUCGGCGGCGGUGGCGGCGGCUCCUCCGGCGGCGUUUGUGUCUUCGAAACGACGCGAUGAUUCGCUGUUGCAGCAACAGGAUGGGAUUCAAGGAGCCAUCUUACACUGCAAGAGAUCCUUCAAUGCAUCCAGACCUGAGUGCGAGUCUUCUCAGCUGCCGCGUUCUGUGAGCCAUCAAUGAAGCCAAAGACAAGCGCCUUUCAGCAUAGAAAAUAUUGCUUCCUUCCGCCGGUGUCAGUGUGCAAAAAGGAUAAAUGUAUGUUAUUCUUACUUAGAUUAGACUACAAGGAACUGAAAAAGAACAAGAUAAAAAUAGUAAAACUUGAGUCUUGGGCCACCAUCAUUUGUUCUGAACUCAGAUGAAUGAAUGAAGCUCGUCAUCCAUUAGCUUAGUGACUCUUUUUUUUCUUCCUUGGUAGUGUAAACUGUAAAGCUCUUUCCGAUAAAGCGAAAGAAGAAUCAGAGCUUUUCCCUAUAUGUUUCUCUUGGACGUGUCUCUAUGUGUCUAUUUCUAUUGUGAUGUAGCUACUAGCCACUAGCCACUAGCCAGGCUAAGAUCAGAUAGCAUCCUUGUGUACAAAUUGCUUUGCUUUGGUUGGUACUUAGUACCAUUGACUUCAUUCAUUAUUUUU